CACUGGCGAGGGAAGAGGAGGGGACGGCGGGGGAGAUGGAGGCGGCUGGGCAGGGCGGCGCGUCCUGCAGCUCGGGAGUGGGGUCCCCGGCUUCCCCUCCCCUGCGCACUCCCUGCCCUUCUCUCGCCUGAUCCCGGGCCUGGUACAGCACCGCUGCCCCCAGCCCGGUGCCCCCGGAGCCGCAGACUUGGCGCGUCUCACUGACCCGCUGACUCCGUGUCACCCGCUCAGUUGACCGCCAGCUGUUCACCCAAGUCACUGAAAUCUGACGCCUGGAGUCAUCCUGAGCGCCCCCUCCCCCAGAGGGAUGUUUCUGAAUCGCCGACCUGAUCGCAUCACGUCCAUUGCCUUCAGAAUCAUGCCCAAACUCCUUUAGGCUUAAAGGCUGCUCCAGUCUGAGCCUCUUCGCCUCCCCAUUAGAGGAGUGUCCAGGCUGCCAAGAUGCCAGGGCCAAGACCUCGGAAGGGCCUUCAGGCCAGUGACCAGGGUGUGGCAGCUGCCAAGCAGGCCCCACAGACAGCAAAGAAGCCACUGAGCUCCUGGAGGCUGGCUCUGGGGCUGGGCUCCACCCUCUGCCUCGUUGUGUGUCUCCUCUCAGCUUGGGCUGUUUAUGGAGUUCAGCCCUGAGGACAUGCUGAUGGGGAUGGAGGAGACUGAAGAUGAUGGGGACCUGGAGGCUGAGCUGCUGGCCCUCACUGGGGAAGCAGGGACCACAGGCAAGAAGCCAGCUCCCAAGGGGCAGGCCCCACUGCCUAUGGCCCACAUCGAGAAGUUGGCGGCAGACUGCCUGCGGGAUGUGGAGGAGGAGGAGGAGGAAGGGCUGGAGGACGAUGCAGACUUGCUGACUGAGCUGCAGGAGGUCCUGGGUGCAGAUGAGGAGGCUGGGCCCUUGGAUGGCGAGGAGACAGCCAGCCCAGGUGGCUCUGAGAAGGAACAGGAGAACAUUGAACCUCCAGUGCAGACAGCUCUCCUAACAGCUUCAGUCCCAGAGGCUCAGGCUGGAGGGGCUCAGGCUCAGGGGCUGCAGGCUCUGCUGGAGGAUCGGAUCCACAACUACCAGGAGGCGGUGGCCAGUGCCAAGGAGACAGGUGAAGCGGCCAAAGCCAGGCGCUGUGAGCGCGGCCUAAAGACUCUGGAGUCCCAGCUGGCUGCUGUGAGGAAAGGCAGGAAGAUCAGUGAGGAUGAGAUCCCACCUCCAGUGGCCUUGGGCAAGAGGCCCCUGGCCCCUCAGGAAACAACCAGCAGGAGCCCUGAAGCAGAAGCCCCAGCUCCCCCCUCCGUGGAGCCAGACAACCCCUCCCAGCCUGAGACAAGCCCUAGUAUUUCUGGGCCCCCUGAUUCAGACGCAGACCCACGGGCCUUGCUGGUGGCCCGACAGAGAGAGUACAAAGUGGCUGCCCUGAACGCCAAGCGGGCUGGAGACCUAGAUCGUGCCCGAGAGCUCAUGAGGAUUGGGAAGAGAUUUGGGGCCGUCCUGGAGGCCCUGGAGAAGGGGCAGCCUGUGGACCUGAGUGCCAUGCCCCCAGCACCUGAGGACCUGAAGCCCCUCCCACAGGCUUCCAAGGCCUCCACAGCACCCGCAGAGGUACACCCAGCAGUAGAGCGAGUGCAGCCAGUGAUGGCCCCUGACAUCCCGGCCGCCCCAGUGGCCCCUACUGAGCCACAGACAGUGCUAGACGCCCUGCAGCAGAGGCUGAACAAGUACCGUGAGGCAGGCACCCAGGCUCGGGGCACUGGGGAUGAGCGCAAGGCCCGGAUGCACGAGCGCAUUGCCAAGCAAUAUCAAGAUGCCAUUCGAGCCCACCGAGCAGGACGGAAAGUUGACUUUGCUGAGUUGCCUGUUCCUCCAGGAUUCCCCCCUAUACCUGGCUGGGAGUGCACUGUGCGUACUGAGGAGGACGUGGUGGCAGCUACUUUAGCAGCUGCCCAGAAACUGGCCUCCUCGGAGGAUGCAGCCCCCGCAGAGGAAGACGAGGACGAGGACAAGGAUGAGCCCCCAGCCCAGGCCCCAGGGGCCAAGAAGCCAGCACAGCCUCUGGUCCCUUCAUCCCGGCCCCUGCCUGAGCCCAAAGCCUCGAGUUCUAAGGAGUCACUGAGUCCGGCUGUGCGAGAACAGGUGGCCCUCCUGCAGGCACGGAAACUGCAGUACCAGCGGGCAGCCCUGCAGGCCAAGCGUGGCCAGGACCUGGAGCAGGCCAAAGCCCAUCUGCGGGUGGCCAAAUCCCUUGAGGCUCAGAUCAUCCAGGUGCGGGCUGGCCGACCUGUGGACCUCUCCAAGGUGCCUUCACCCUUAACGGAUGAGGAGGGCGACUUCAUCCUGAUCCACCAUGAGGACCUGCGACUCUCUCAGAAGGCUGAGGAGGUGUAUGCCCAGCUACAAAAAAUGCUUCUGGAGCAACAUGAGAAGUGUGUGCUGUUCUCCAAGCAGUUUAUGCACCAGGGCAAUGUGGCUGAGACUACCCGGUUUGAGAAUCUUGCUCAAGACCGCAAGAAGCAGCUUGAGAUCCUGCAGCUGGCCCAGGCCCAGGGCCUUGACCCUCCCAGCCACCACUUUGAGCUGAAGACAUUCCAAACUGUGAGGAUCUUCGCAGAACUGAACAGCACAGAAAUGCAUCUGAUUGUUGUCCGGGGAAUGAACCUCCCAGCCCCUCCAGGGGUGACCCCUGAUGACUUGGAUGCUUUUGUGCGGUUUGAGUUCCACUAUCCUAAUUUGGACCAGGCUCAAAAAAACAAAACAGCUGUGGUGAAAAACACAAAUUCUCCAGAAUUUAAUCAGCUCUUCAAACUAAACAUCAACCGAAACCACCGGGGCUUCAGGAGGGUGAUUCAAAGCAAAGGAAUCAAGUUUGAAAUCUUCCACAAAGGAUCCUUCUUCAGAAGUGACAAGCUGGUCGGCACAGCCCACCUGAAACUGGAGCGUCUGGAGAAUGAGUGUGAGAUCAGGGAGAUUGUGGAGGUCCUGGACGGAAGGAAGCCCACUGGGGGCAAGCUGGAGGUGAAGGUGAGGCUGCGGGAGCCUCUGAGUGGCCAGGAUGUGCAGAUGGUCACCGAGAACUGGCUGGUCCUGGAGCCCAGGGGCCUGUGAGGUGGGCAGCUCUCUGGGCCCUUAGAACCUCUGUCCCCUGCUCACUGCCUGGGCCCUCCAGGGACCCUUCCAGUACUCAACUCAUAUCUAAGGAGAAAGCCUAGGAAUUUCUCAUCUGUGAGGAAGACCAAGAGGCAAAACUGUUGGUUGGGUAGUGCUCAGGCUCAGUGUCUCAUGAUCUUCAGCAGAACUGGGGAAGGAAGUUAACUUUCCCAGUUCUGUCUUCAGGAAACCCUUUCUAAAAUCUACUUGUACAUUCACUGCAGUUUAGACUUCCUGAGCUUUGUGCCCUUGUGCAACAGAGGGUCAAUGUAGGGAGUGGAGUCAGGCCAGCAAUUCCUCUCCAGCUUCCCCCCACCCCCGGCUUUGCUGGCGAUAGCGGUCAUUGUACAUAAAGGAGAUGCUGCUGCACAAGCACCAAAGGCCUGUUAAGUACUUGCAUAUUGACCAGGCCCUAGUCUUUCCUGUUGCUGGCCCCUCCCCAGGCCUCCACCCAAACAGGCUGGAUUCCAAGAUUCCCCCUACCCCUCCGUCUGGGGGAGGGCAAGGACAGCCUCACUGCUCUGCCAUGGAGCCUUGUCACCCCUUAACCCCUGGGUAGCAACUGCUUGCAGCUUGCCCCAGCCCCCAGUUGCACCAUUUCUAGAUGUGCCUUUAAAAGAUAGAACUGUAAGGGAUGGGAAAACUCGAGUGUGAUCUGGACACCCCACCACACCCCCUGCUUAGGGUGGGGGCAGGGUUCUGUGACUCCAGGUGGCCAGUGGCAGCCUAUCCCACACAACUCAGUUUACCCCCUCAGUUUGCCCUGCCUGUGCCUGUGCCUUGGUUCCUGACAGCUGCUGCACUAGCCUCCCUGCUUCUCAGAGCUCUCAGUGGAAGUUUGUUCAGGACUGUGUGGUGGGAAGUAAGGGUAGGGCUGUGUUGGGUUUGGUCCAUGUACCUAAGACUGAAAGAAUGUUAACUAGGAAAGAAAAACUAUAUAUAUAUGUGUAUAUAUAUUAUGUAGCUGAUUUUAUUUAAGAAACUAGGUCUAAUUAAUUAACUCAUUGUAGGGGAUUUACACUCUCCUCACAAAGUAACCAUGAAAGUCCUAAACAAAAGCCCUGCUGCUCCCUGUCACUUUUUAAAGCCAGAGUGGCAGUAACAUUUGUUAAUUGACAGAAACUGCUGCUAUGGCUUCCUCUAGAGACAGGGCAGGGGAAGCCUUGCCUCUUCAGCUCAUCACCUAGGGAAAUCCCUUCGUUUCUUCCCAAGAAAUUCUCCUUUGGCUCUGUUUUUCUGAAUGGAUGGAAAUAAUGGAGGGAUUUAUAGUUGCAACAGAUUUAAUGUUCAAAACUGCAAUAUUCUACAUCUCUUAGAAAUAAACUUUAAUACCGCAUCUUUUUCCCCCCUUUUUUUGAAGCAUUAAGUUCAACAAAGCAUUCCUGAAGAUAAUUUUCUAAGGCUUUAUGUAAAGCAGAUACAUUCAACUUACUGAUCACUAUAGCAUUGCAAAUGCACACCUCGGGGAUUGAGCUUUUGUGUGUGUGUCUUUUUCUGGGAUGGAGCCGGACCAUGCUUCCCUGCCCUUAAGAGCAGAGCUUACAGUGGGUAACAGAGCAGGGACAACAAAUAACUUUUCUGAGAGCUUGCUGGCCAGUCUUACCUAUCAGAGUGAACUACCAAAAAUUCCACCGAUGUGAGCCUUAACCCUUAAAUGCAGUCAUAUCUAUAUGUCGUACAAGCAGCCAUCUAGAAUGAAAAGGAGGGUUGUUAGCCCUCCUAAGGUGGCCUAGAGCAAAGAGGGGUGGCAAAGAGGGUUCCUGACUCAACCUAGUCUUCCCCGCAGGGUUUGCACCCAACUCACCAGUGCUAAGAGGGCUUGAAGCUUCUGCCAGCCCUAGGAAUUUCUAAACUCUCCUCUGCUAGAAAUUUGAUAGGAAGUUUUCUGUGGCUCAGAGAUUUCCCAUCAUAACCUGUUCAAUUUCAUUCUGCUUAACUGCCCUUUGCUUUUUGGAAAACAGAACUUCCAGGCUGAGAGAGGCAAGACAAAGCCGCCCACUGGACUUAGAGACUAAGGUUCUUAAAAGGCCUUUGUUUUAGCCAUGGCAUGUAGGGGUCACUGGCAUGGGAGGAGCCUGCCCAGCUUCAUCUUCUCCUAAGAUUUAUCCAGAUGCAGCAACUCAGCAUCGCAGAUUAGUGACUUAUGAGCAGUUGAGAACCAGCCACAACCCAAAUCAUUUUUAAAUUUUAAAAUUUCUUUUCAAUUUAGUGCAAGGCACAUUUUCUUUUGAAUUAGUGAACUGAAUAAAAUAUGGAAGAAAUUUAUCUCAGGAAGUCUUGCUCACAAUUAAAGGGCAGACUAGUUUAUUAUUUUCCUUUCUUAUAGCACUAUUCUGAAACCUGCAUUGUUGCUUCCCAAUUUUUGAGUGCUUGUUUUCCAAAUAUGUGUGGGCAGCUCUUAAAAGAUCUUGCCCCUUAAGUAAAGGCUACAGGGCUUCCCUGGUGGCGCAGUGGUUGAGAGUCCGCCUGCCGAUGCAGGGGACAUGGGUUCGUGCCCCGGUCCUGGAAGAUCCCACAUGCUGCAGAGCGGCUGGGCCCGUGAGCCAUGGCCGCCGAGCCUGCGCGUCCGGAGCCUGUGCUCUGCAACGGGAGAGGCCACAACGGUGAGAGGCCCACGUACCGCAAAAAAAAAAAAAAAGUAAA